GAGAGAUGGCGCAGCCGCCGCCAUGGAAGACGAUCUACCUGUAUGUGACGAGCGAGGCGAUCCGAUCCGCCGCCAGCAUCAAGCGAAGCGUCGCUGCCGCGCGUCGCGAUCUGGCGUCCCCGCUGGUGCUGGACACCCGCGACGCCGAGGGGCGGUGCACCUUGCUGGAUUCCGCGCUGACCCACAUCGAGCACGCAUCCGACUCCCUCUCCGCUUUCAUCAUCAACAUGGUGGUGGCCGAGCGCCUGACGCUCCACGGCUGUGGCGCCGUCCCGUCGGAACCGGUGGCCCGCAUCGGGGACCUCCGCGACGGCCACGACCACGAGUGGCUUGGCCUGAUCAGGCUCCAGGCCGCCAGGGAGCACGCCCAGGACGCGCUCCGCCGAGUGGAGGGAGCCUUCACCCUCCUGGCCUCCGUCGGGUUCAUGCUUCACAGCCAGAACCCCGACGCUCCAGGGCGCCGGGAAGCCAUGGAAGGGCAGCUCCACGCCCUCGACCUCCAGCCCGUGGUGGUCGGCGUGGCGAGCAUGUCCGAGCUGGCCUCCUUGGCCACCGAGCCUCCCAUCCGCAACCGCAUCCAGUGAGAGGUCUCUUGCCUUGAUCAGCUCUACACGACUCCGCUUGCUUGAUAUUGGUCGUUCGCGUUGGCCAGGGCUACAUUGUUUCCUUGAUCUUGUGAUUGUGAAACCAUGCAUGAUCUACUACUGAAAAAAUAGCGCGCUAUAACGUUGCUAAUAGCACGCUAUAGCAUAUAAAUUAUUGUCUCACUAAAUAAAUCAAUGUAUAAUGCCUCGCUAAUAGCAUGCUAUAGCGCGCUUAUUUUCAGUCGCCACACUAUUUUCUGUAGCGUGCUAUUUUUUUCGUUGUGAUCUACCGGUCCGUCAAAUUCGAUCUACUUUUCUCGGUUCUGUUGUUAGCACUUUGCAAGGAUCAACCGGGGAAUUAAUAAGAUGACUGAUGAUGCAGUAGCGAUUCGAACUACUUUGCUGUUUUGUCGAUCUGAAAUCCCAGAAUUACUUUGGUGAUUUUGUUUGGUUAAUCGCUUUAUUACUGCCAUGAUGUAUGAUGCGUCGAUCAUGCCUGCGUACGUUUGUUGCAACGCACAUUGGCAGUGCUUUUUUCGACAAAGGGUGGGCAUUGGCAGGGAAGUGCUGUUUUGCUUUUCUGUGGCAUUGCACUUUGCAGCUUUUUAGAUUACGAUCAGCAAACACAAUCAAUCGCCAGCUUUUUACCGUGCAUCAGUCAAUUUCUCUUUUCAACGUACCGUGCAUGUACAAUGGAGGCUAUACCAUAGUGCUGCCCCAUGAUCCACGUACUUAGAAUUGUAGCAAGCAGCUGCUAAAUUUUUCAUGAGGUAAAAGCACCACAGGUCUUUGAACUUGUCUAGCAUGUGAUGGUUUAGUCUUAAAACUCGUAAAAGUGAACUCUUUAGUCCUAAAACUUGCACACAAUGUGCAAAUUUAGCCCAUAGCCAAUCAGACACGGCCGCGGCCGCGGUGGCGUCGUCCUGGUCGAUGGUGCAACCAGCCUCGUCAGCGGACUCGAACGCGCGGCCGCUG